GCGGCACAGUUGGUAGAAGAGGGCAUGUUUACAACAUGGUUUACUAAGUUGCUACAUGUAGCUAAAGAAAAUCAGCAUUAUUUAGGAAGUUAUAUAACAUACAACUAAAGUAAUUCAGAAUUAACAGAACUGACAGCUUCAUGGUGGCUAACUGCUAUGCAAGGACAGCUGGUUAAUUCUGCUAGCAGAGGCUGCUGGCUUGCAUAUUGGGUUUAGGCUUAGCCGAGUAAAGUCCGAUCUAGCUGUAGGUGAGCGCUGGAUAGCUAGGUACUUUGUGGCGAUGACAGGAAUGCGAUGUUCGGUAAAAUCUCUGGCGGAGUUUCAAGCUUCCUCCAAACCUGCCCAGGUGAUCCGCUUUGGGACGGAACCCAAGACCGUCAUCAGCAACGGAACCAGCCAGGUGUUCACCUGCAGUGGUUUGGAGCGAGGAGUGACGGAAACUCAUACAUUUUCAGGUCGAGUGACGCAGCUAGUGCCGAGUGCUGACGGACAUGGAGUUUACGUUCUCUGUGAGCGCGACGGGGUUUACUUUACGUCUCUACCACAGCAGCCCAGAACUCUGUCCUCCAGACCCCCAGGGGGCGACUCCCCUAGCCCAGCCUGUUUCAGGGUGGUGUCUGAGUCCUGUGUGAUCAGGGAUCCCCAGAUCCGCUCGUUUGUGGUGACGGAGAAGGUUCUGGUGGCAGUUGCAUUGGGAGACGGUGUCUGGCAGUUUGGGCUGUAUGAGAUCCCAGGCGAUGCUUCCUCCUGCUACCGCAGACUAGCAGAGCUGAGUGUUCCGGUGGUUUCUGCCGCAGGCCCCAGCGCAGCAGCGAGAGCUGACAGGCAGGGGGCGCUCAUGCUCCCUGUACUGUGCUGUGUCUGUGCGCAGGUGGGAGGUCAGGGGCAGGGGGGGGGUGACGGCCAUUUUCUCCUGGAGCCUGUCCUUUUCCGCCUCCUCUUCGGUGUGGACGCCUCUCUCCUCUCCUCUCCCAUGAUCCUCUGCGGCCUGCCGGACGGGCGGCUCUGCUGCCUACCCCUGCUGCUCCCCGGAGGGUCGGAGGUCAGGGGUCAGGGCCGCAGAGUUAGGGUGCUUCACAGCCUGGAGCAGCCAAUCAGGUUCAUCGGAAGCUCUGUGGCGAUGGGGGGCGGGCCCACUUGCCUGGUGGUGGUGGGGCGGGGCGGGGCGGUGCUGCAGGUUUGGGCAGAGGAGGGGCCGGAGGGCGCAGUGGCUGGGUUUGAGGAGCGGAGGGUGCAGGGGCCGGUGGAGUGUGCAUGCGUCAGCGACACACACCUGUACUACAGCACCUGCACGGACCUACUGGCCCUGUCGCUCGCCAGGAGCCCCUCCCCCGACACCGAUUCCAACCUUCCCCCUCCUGCGGUUCAGACGCCACUCAGCCUGAACGUCACCAGGGUGAUAGGGCUGGCCACGCCCACACAGGACCCCUCAGGUGCAGUGCAGUUGCUGUGUGUGUCUCUAACGGGGAGACUCCUAGAGGUGACGUUACCUGAGGAGACAGACAGCAGUUAUGCAUCCUUGGUGUCUGCAGCGCAGGUGGGCCAGAGAAUCUCAGACCUGCUCGCCGGCAUCGGGCACGUGGCUCACAGAGCGUCCUCCCUAGAGGACAGUAUCCAGUCCAAGAGGACAGCACUUCGGAGCCUGAACCACGUCCUGAAUGUCUGCAGCCUCCUGCGGCCCAAUCAGGAAGGUGAAGACACAGCCCAACAGCAGCCAAUCAGGUGUCGGGUGGCGGUCAGGUGGGCCAGCUCCUUGCAGCAGGACUGUCUGAUGUUGAGCUGUGUUCUGGAAAACUCCAGCAGUUUUGUUCUGGAGUCAGGCUGGGCUCUGUGCCUGCAGCUGGCACCCCUGUCCCGUGCCACACACACGCAGGGGGGACCCCCCGUCAGGACCUACACGUUCCCCCUAAAAACCCUCACUCAGAACGGCAGCAUGGAGGAGACUCUGCCACUGGCGGGAGAGGACGGCUUAUCCCUCCCAUUGAUGGUCCGGAGUUGGCUGGUGUACUCUUUGCAAGGCAUGCUGGGAUUGCGAGAUGCUGGGGGGGAUGGGUGUGGCUGUCUGAGCCUGCCACUGAACUGCGGGACCCUCGACUGGUUGGACUGUCUGCACCUGGAUUGCCCACCAGGCCCCACAAAUGCCCCCGGACCUGGUUCUGGUUCUGUUUCUGGUUCUGGUUCUGGUGCGGAUCUGGUCCGGACCUUCCUGAGCUCCCGGGGGGCGGAGCCACGGCAGGGCGGGGCCGCAGGCGUGUCCCAGGGCGGAGCGUUUGCAGCGUCUGUCAGGGUGUCCUGCGGUGGGCUGAAGACCACGCUGGGGAUGGAGCCCACCCCAAACGCUCUGCUGGGCUGGCUGCUGUCUGAUGCACGCGGGUUCCAGAGGGGGGGCACUCCGGGUCAGGGGUGCCCCCGUGCAUACGCCCACGGUCCUGGGGGAGACGCACUGAAGCUGACCGCCAAAGAGGUGACGGUGAGCCAGGUGUGUGGAGGCGGGCCAGUCGGUGCUGUGGAGCUGAGGGUGGAGAGCGCCUCCCUGAGGGCGGUGUGUGUACUGCACCAUGCCCUGCUUCGCCGUCUCCAGGUUCUGUUUAAGGAGGUUGCCACGACAACAGAGCCCCCCCUGCAAUUGCAAGGACAAAGACUCCAACAAGUCUUACUGGAGGCAGAGGCCCUGUGUGAGGAGAUACAGGAGUCCCGCGCUCCUGCUGCUCUGGGCGUGGCACAGCCCGAGAGGACCGCCCACAAACUGAUCCAGGCCUACCAGCGGCUGAGAGAGGGUCUGCUUCUCUGUCUCUGAGCCACACGGGGGUCCCCCAUACCACCCCGUACCCCUGCACACCACCCCGUACCCCUGCACACCACCCCUUACCCCUGCACACCACC